AUGUCAGCAUCGGGCGCUGUGUCGAGUUCGGUGGAAGCUGCUAGAUGUGCAGAUGAAGAUUGUGGACCUUCUUGCCGAACAGAAUGUAUCAAUGCAAGUUUAAACGGUGAUGAAUUUACUUUCCAGGAGAUAAACAUUUUCACACAAAAAAACCUAACCGUCUGCUUUAAAGAAGGAGAUCAGCAAAAGCAAACGAUCAACAUUUUUAAAUUAGUUACAGUCCCGACUCCUCAGAUCUGGAACGUGACGUACUUCUCUGACGAGGCGGUGAUAAACUUUAAGUUUGAGCAUUUUUAUGUCAAACAACCCAAAUUCCAAGUGGAAAUCUGGGGAGACACCGGUGCAAGAAUACAGGCUGAGAUUGAAAAUGGCAAGAAAAUUAAUAUUGGUGAAGACAAACUCAGAGACAGUGAGGUAUACAGAGUGCAUGUACGAGCCAAACCUAUUAAUUAUUUUGAUGGACCGUGGACCGAGUGGAGCCCAGUGAAGAGUUUUACUGUAAAUAACACCAGAAAAGUAACAGUUGCAGAGAGUCCUCCAUCUGAGCUGUACUUAAUCAUCCCCGUGUCCAUUCUGGUGGCUCUGAUCAGCUUCGUGGUGCUGUGCUGGAGAAGAGAGAUACGAGCCUACCUCUUUCCAGUCAUUCCACACCCUAAAGCCACGCUUGCUCAAAUUCACAGGGAGAAGGAGAGCUUACCUGUGAGUUUCAGCCCUGAAAUCUUUAAGGACAUCAAGAUCAGUCCUGUGGAUUAUGCCGAGGAAAAGCACCUCACCUCAGAGACGGGUGAGGAUCACGAUGAACGCUGCUGCCAAGACGACCUGGAACCUUCUCGUCCUGGUUCUCGGUGCGAGAUGCAGGAUGGAGAUGAGCCGGUGCCGGAGGUGGAGACGUCUCAUCUGAAAAUCAAGCUGCUGGAUGAUCACACGUCGGCCACGGACGGAGGAAAUAACAUGAGUGUAGCAGCCGUGCCAGGAUACGCUAAAGAUGAGACGUACGUCACCAUGUCCAGUCUUUACAAAACACAGUGA